AUGGAGCCCGUCGACAUUAUUCCUUUGGCUUCCUCGAGCUCCGGUGAGCUUCAAGGGCGGCCACCGGCCGAAACCUCACCGAGAAAUCCAAGCGUUUCCUAUUCAGAAGGUAAAGAAACGGAGGUAUCACAAGCUGACCAGACCACCGCCCCUUUACCGACACCGACAGACUCAAGUGUCGGAACUGAAGCUCCAUCCUCUACAGUUGACGAACAUCAGCAAAACGAACAGCAGCAGCAACAACAGCAGGGCUCAAAAACCGCUGGAGGUGACGUUAUUCGAUUCGUGGCUGAGGCGGGGCAACCGGUCGUCGCGUUUACAGGCACCAACAUCAGUAGCGCGGAGCCCACCUUCGGACAAAUCGUCUCUAAGUCAGGUGAAUGCGUCGUCGCUAAACCGGUCGAAUACAUUAGCGAAGAAUACCUGGAUUGGGUCUGGCAGAAUCGUAUUGGCCCGAGCGCAAAGCUUAAGAAGGACGUCAACUGGAACGUCAUGACCAACAAAAACUUUUUCUUGGACAAGUUCGUACACAACAACGACUCAAUCAACUACUGCGUCCGCUGGGAUACCAGUACCAACCUGAAGAAGGAUAUCGCAUCCAAAUUCAAGGACGUUCUCGAACGCCACUACAACAAGUGGAACAAAUGGUUGGAGGGAUACAACUGCUGGCCGUUCAGGAAGCUCGAGUUCGACUGGACGGACGAGUCUCUGGGCAAACUUUAUGAGAGGAAUCUCGACUCGGAUGGUGUGCCUCAGUGUCCGGUUGAAUGCUAUCGCUUCUACGACCACGUCAACAAUAUGUGGUCGGACACGAGCGCGUGUGAGAGUGAACCUUUUGAUGUUUCGUUUUGGCUGAAGGAAGAUAUCCCCUAUGGCUACGGCUACGACUGGGGCCAGGAGGUGAGCUUAAACGAUACCAUGAACAACCUCUACGACGAGGAUAUUUUGUUCAUUGGCCACGAGAUCGGUCACGGCUUCGGUCUCCCGGAUUUUUAUGGCUUGGACUCCAAGCCGGCAAGAGAUUUCCCGAACUCAAUCAUGAUGGCGUACAGUUCAUCAACUAUUACGGCCAGCGACGGCUGGAUGCUGCGUCGCGUCCUCGAUCAUGUCAAACCUCGCCUUAAGAUCUAA